GGCUGCAAGUUCCGGUUCCUUCCCUCCGCGGGUGGCCGUUGCGCCCCGCAGGGGUUGCUGCCGCUGCGGACGCCAGCGGCUCUCGGCUGCUGGGGCGGGGACGCAGUCAUGCCGCGUUAUUACGAGGACAAGCCGGAGGGCGGCGCGUGCGCGGGCGUGAAGGAGGACCUGGGCGCCUGUCUGCUGCAAUCGGACUGUGUGCUCCAGGAAGGAAAAUCCCCUCGACAGUGUCUGAAGGAAGGAAACUGCAAAGCUCUGAAAUACUCAUUUUUUGAAUGUAAAAGAUCAAUGUUGGAUGCCAGAUCCAGAUUCCGAGGAAGAAAAGGAUAUUGAAUGCUAGCAUGAUGAAGCCAAAAUGAGAACAAGUUUUCUCCAGUCACUUACAAAAGAAAAGCCCAAAUAGGAGACAGACUUUUUGCUGUAUCUAGUGGGAUGGUCCAGUUUUUCCCUCCAUGAACAAUGGAGAAAAUGGAUGAGUUCUGUUUUUGAAUAUGUAUAAGCUAAAUGAUUCUCUUGCUCCAAGUUAACUUUUCAAGGAAAAAUCUAAUUGAACAGCUAUGAGCUGGGAGCAUCAUACUGUUUGAGAAUUUUUUGAAAGCAUAAAAAGUGAAAAGAUUGUUAUUUUCCAACUUGAUUCUUCAACCAAAUGACACAUUUGCACAUCCUUUUGAAUAUUACGAAGGCCACUGAUGGGACUGUGAAAAUUGAUAACAUGCAGUCGGGGGAGAAAAUGUCUAUCGGGAAAGUUUAGGAUAAAGCUAAAGCUUUCUUUUACUCAAUCUGUCCUAUAUGGUUCUGAAAUAAAUUUGUGUUUGAUUC